CUCUGUCUCUCAGCCACGCCCUCCGUUUAGGGGUUCCAAGUGCCCUCCCGACCUUUGUCUGUUAGCCCCGCCCCUCUCUAGGUCACGCCUCCUCCACUAUUACACAUGCGCGAUUCUGUUACCUCCCUGCGUUGUCUUCUGGGAAAUGUAGUCCCUUCCCCCUCAGCCGGUGCCGUAAAGCAAGUCGACCGCGGCGCUGGUUUUGCGACAAUGGUGUGCCGGUGGCCGUAAAGCAAGGCGUGUUGUUGACAGCUGCCUGGGCAAAGCAGGAACUCAGUCUGAGGGGGAGAAAAAAGAAAUGAGCAAGAACAGGAGGCCGCCUCCACCACCAGGACGCAGUGGUGCUGCCAAAGCCAGACAGAUGGGUUUGCUAGUGGAUUUCUCUCCAGAUGGGAUGAUGGACAAUGAUAAGGAGGAGGAUGGUGAACUGGAAGCAGAAUUAAUAACUAUUGUCGGAGGUCGGCCAGAUUCAAAAGAGAAGCCGAAAGGGAAAACCCCUUUGCCCAUGGAAGCUAUUGAGAGAAUGGCCGCUCUCUGCAUGAAGGACCUGGAUGAAGAGGAUGGGGAAGAGGAAGAAGAUCUGGAAGAUGAAGAUGAUCUGAUGGCAGAACUCAAUGAAGUCCUGGGUGAAGAGAAAGAAAUCAAGGAUGCGGCAAUACCUGCUGCUAAGGUGAAUGAAACUCCAGCUGAUUCCAGCAGCGUAGAAUCUACUCUGGUGGAAAGGCUGGAAAUGUACAGAACAGCCAUCGCUAACGCAAAGCAAGCUGGAGACGGGGCCAAAGUGCGUAGAUAUGAACGAGGCCUCAAGACAUUAGAAAACAUGCUGACCUCUGUGAGGAAGGGCAAAAAGAUUGAUGAGGAAGAAAUCCCCCCCGCAGUUGCACUAGGAAAGAGCGGGAACUCCCAGCUGCCAUCCCCUUCUCCACUGACUCUGUCAUCCCAGGGCUCCGCACCCAACGGAAGGUUCAGUUUAUCCAGCCAUUCUCCUCCACAGCCACCCACUGCAGCACCUCCACAGGGACCCUCUGCAGCAUCUCCCAAGCCGCCACCUCCUGUGUCUCCCAAGCCGUCGCCUCCUGUACUUCCAAAGCCAGCCCUGGCCUUGCCCAUCAGAUCCCCGGAGACACCAGAGGAAAAACCUGUCCCUUUGGCACUAUCAGGUUCUGAAAACGUCAGCACCCAGGCGCUCCUACAGGACAGGCAGCGGGAGUACAAGCUAGCCGCGCUGCACGCUAAACAGGAAGGCAGCGUCGAGAUGGCCAGUAAAUACUACCGCAUCGCUAAGAGCUUUGAUCCCAUUGUAGAAGCUUUGGAGAAAGGUGAAACCGUGGAUCUGGGCCAUCUGCCCCCACCUCCAGACCAGCUGCCCAAGGAGCUGUUGUCCCCAGGUCUACGACAACAAUCUGCUGUGUCGACAACCAUGCCUUUAGCAAAAUCAGCAGCCCCUGCUGCAGAGCUCCCUCCACCCCCGCGAGACAUGUUGGAAGCCCUGCAGCAGAGGAUGGAGCGGUACAAAACAGCCUCCGCUCAGGCCAAGAGCAAAGGAGAUGACCGGAAGGCAAGAAUGCACGAGCGCAUUGUGAAGCAAUACCAAGAGGCCAUCCGAGCUCACAAAGCGGGGAAAACUGUGGAUUUUGCUGAGCUGCCUGUUCCACCAGGCUUCCCACCCAUCCAUGGCAUGGAGGCUUCAUCGGGAGACCAAAGCAUCAUGGGAGUCCUGGAAACCGCUAUGAAACUAGCCAAUCAGGAAGACCGAGAGAAUGAUGAGGAAGAUGACAAUGUGGAAGGGAUGAAAAAGCCGGGCUCCCGCCCUGCGCUGUCAAAGCCAGCCGCCUCGUCCCAGCCCAAGCUGGUUCCACGUGUGUCUUCGGGAGGUACCCCUGCAGCAGCAAAUCCUGCUGGGACUGGCAAAUCCACCGCAAAAGCCACCACAAAAGCCCAACAGCAGCUGGCUUUCCUGGAGGGCAGGAAAAAACAACUGAUGCAGGCGGCGCUUCGAGCCAAACAGAAGAAUGACAUUGAGGGAGCGAAGCUGUUCCUGCGUCAGGCCAAGGGACUUGACCCCAUGAUCGAGGCGUCCCAGGGUGGGCUUCCUGUCGACAUAACCAAAGUGCCUCAAGCCCCAGUGAACAAGGAGGAUUUCAUGCUCGUGCAGCGUCGUGGGGUCAGCAUCUCCCCAGAGGCUGCCAGCCAGUACAUGGAGUUCAUGAAGCUGAUGAGGCAGCAGCACGAGAUGUGUUUGAAUUACUCCAAGCAGUUCACUCACCUAGGGAAUAUCGCCGAAACAACCAAGUUUGAGAAGAUGGCAGAGGAUUGCAAGAAGAACAUGGUAAUCUUAAAGCAAGCCCAUGCCAAAGGCUUCCCAUUGCCCAAGUACCACUAUGAGCAGAGGACCUUCAGUGUGGUCAAGAUCUUUCCUGAGCUGAACAGCAACGAUAUGGUUCUUACUAUAGUGAAAGGGAUCAACCUCCCAGCUCCUCCAGGUGUGACUCCCAAUGACCUGGAUGCCUUCGUACGCUUCGAGUUUCCCUACCCCAACGCGGAGGAAGCUCAAAAAGAUAAGACCAACGUGAUCAAAAACACAGAUUCGCCCGAAUUCAAAGAGCAGUUCAAGCUGUAUAUUAAUCGGGGCCACCGAGGGCUCAAGAGAGUCUUUCAGACCAAAGGCCUCAAGUUUGAGGUUGUCCACAAAGGGGGGCUGUUCAAGACAGACCGCGUUGUGGGCACAGCACAGCUGAAACUGGAGGCCCUGGAGACAAUGUGUGAGCUUCGGGAGAUUGUCGAGCUACUGGAUGGCCGCCGGCCCACAGGGGGGAAGUUGGAGGUGAUUGUGCGGCUAAGGGAGCCUCUGAGUUCUCAGCAGCUGGAGACAAGAACAGAGAAAUGGCUGGUGAUUGACCCUCUGACCAUGCCGGCGGUUGCUCUCCCCAAACCAAAACCAACCGUCGGUCCAGUAAGGGACGUGGGCAACAGCAAACCCAUUCACACUCUGCACAGCUUGAAUGUUUUAGCCUUUGACAAGGAGAAGCUGGAAAAGAAGGUGCUGGCGUACAGACAGGCUCACAAGCCGCUUCCCAACGAGCUAGUGGAACAGUUCCAGGACAUCACGCAGCGGAGCCAGUGGCUGAAAUCCCAGCUGCAGCACGGGGGCCCUGCGUUCAGGAAAGAGUACCUGUCGCAGCUGGAGAGGUUCCUGCAGUUCUACACCGACUCGGCACGGCGUCUCGGGAACGAGGGCAAUCGGGACGCCGCCAAGGAAGCCCUGUACAAGCGGAAUCUCGUGGAGAGUGAGCUUCAGAAGUUCCGCAGAUGAAGCCCUUGGUGCUCUGAAGGCCUGGGACAGAAUGCACCCCCCCCCACACUGCACUCCUCUUCCCUCCAUGAUCCCAUGGGGGAGAAACGAGACAGACACUAAUGGGGGGUGGAGCUCCUUUCUGCCGAGGGGGGAGAUGUACUGGAGGGGAUGGGAAAGGCCCUGAAAUUGACCUUGCAUCCUCUGCUAGUGUAGGGCGGGUGCUGUCCUUGUGCCCUCCCCCACCCCACUCUGGUGGUAGGAGCGAGCUCAGGCCCUGACCUCACCCCCCAGAACAGCCCCACCCCGAACCCCGAGGUGCAUGAUGCCCCACAGGGAGAAGAGCCAGACAAUCACGUGACAAUCACUCUGCCCCUCUGCUCACCGAGAAGCACAGAUGCUGAGUCCAGCCCGCUCCUGGUCCCCGGCUUAGCGGGAGGGCACUUUACUCACUAGGGUUUGUCUACCGGGGCUGGGCCUCCCCUAGGGCAGAUACCUGUGGCAAAUGGGUGCUGACCACAGGUCCCGCCUCCCUUUGGCAGGCUCAGCCCGGGGCUGCGAGGCCGACAGCAGCGUGCAGGACUCUUCAUCUGUGCCGGCCGUUACCUGUGAUAGCCCCCGGCCUGUUCUCAGCACCAUCUGACGGGGGCCUGGGCUGGAUCUGUGGCUCAUGCACCCUCUUCUCAGCCACAGGUCCCCGUCCUCGUCCAGGCACGACCCGGUGCAAAGGGAAACCGCCCCGUCCCAUCUCCUGCCCUGUGCCUCAGAGCCCGGUGCUAGAAUUCUGUGGGCAGGGAGUGGCCGGGAAAACUCCCUGCCUGUCAUGGGGCACCGGUGCUGGCUGGAGCAGGGCCAGGCUCGAGUACAGCCAUUGUCCCUGCGACCCCCCCCCCUCGGUAAGUGCAAUCCGCACUGCUCUUUCGGGCACUGGUUUGUAAGGGGGCUUUGUACUGUGCAGCACCCAGGCCCAGGCAAAGGCUGCGACCUGUGAGCGCUGCUCUGUGCUCCCCCUCCCAAAGGUAGGGAGGCCCCGGGCAGGGGGGCAUUUACCCCUCGCUCAGCUAAUCCAGUCCCUGGUGCUGUUCCUGGGCACUGCCCCGUCCUCUGCCUGCAGCAGCGGCUCCCGGGGACGGCUCCAGCGCCUGUCUGCGUCACACAGACAAACGGUGCGUGGUGUGACCAAUGCACGUCCCCAGACGCCCCCACGCCCUUCCCCAGCCCAUAUCACCAGAGCUCCUGCUUUGGCAGCAGCUGCUCUUCGCCUGCGUUGUGGGAGGCAGGGGCUGCGUGAGCAGAGAUGGGCAGAAAACCCUUUCCCUAGCCCCGAGACACUGUCUGAGCCCCCCCCCCCCCAGCAGCAGGGUGAGAGCUGGGGCGGUAUGUGGGGCAGGAAGCUGCUUUAAGGAGUCAGAGCAGGGACGCAGCGAGUGUGAAUGUGGCACGGAGGGCUCCAGGCGAAGGGAGGCCGUUCCUGCCAGCUCCUCCAGCCCAGGCCGGGACGAUCACAGGGAGCGAAAGGCGCCUGAGUGUGGCUCAGAGCAGCUGCCCCAACGUCCGGAACUGGCUCCCGUGUAAAUACCCACUAAGACUUGCGCACCUUCUCCGACCUCGAUGACACUAAAGAUGCUCCCUCCCCCUCCUCCCCAGCAUGGCUCAUGGGGACCCUCUCCCCACCCCCGAUUUGCACUCUGGUCACGGCUCAUCUUGCACGGAGGGGUCCCUGCACCAAUGCACUUUGCACGCACCUCUCCCCCAGGGAUGGCAGGCCCCAGCUGCUUUGUUCAGGAUCCGCAGGGCUCCAGGCAGAGGAUGCCUGGGGAGGGUGGUACCCGUUGUGAACUACCACCCCCGUCAUGGGCCUGCUGCUUCAAGGAGGCUGUGAAAGCGGGAAGUGGAGAACAGGGCUAUUUCUCACUACUUACCUGAUCCACCCAGAAGGCUACUGGGCCCGUUUGAGGGCUGUCCAGGAUCCCCCUUGCCCUGCACAUCCCACUACAACCCAGUCACUUACUGGUAGUGGCCAUAGAGGAACCUGCAGCUAAAGCCCCUCUCUGGCCGCUUGUCCCACUCCCAUGCCCGUUCCUUGUCCCUUGGACAGAGAGCCGGGCGCGCGCACACACGGGGCUGCCUUUCUCUCUGUGGCAGUAGGGCAGAUCUGCAGUUCACCCUACUGCCCGUCUCCCCUGGCGCCUGGCUCCAGUGAACCAGCUGCAGCUUCUCGCUGAAGAGAACAUAUCCAGCCCUGGCUGGGCUGUGGGACAGGGCUCGGGAUACCCUGCCUGGGAAUGGUUGAUUUCAAAAACCCCAUGCUCAGUAGGAGGCUGCAGCCGGGGGCCACUAAAGGUACCCCCAGCUCUGAGCUGCCUAAACAGGAGACUGCAACCCCCCCUGAGCCAGAGGGGAGAGGCAGAGCUAUCGUACAAGCAAGCAGCUGCGUGGGGGAGGCGGGGAACUGUCCCCUUCCUCAGAGCUGGUGGGAGUCCCACCUCCCCACAGGCCCAAACACUAGAGGGGCUGAAAUCCCUGACUUCAGUGGAGCUGGGAUUUCCCCCUGGAGCGCUCUCCCUCCUGCAGUGCCAGCUUGGCUGGGGGCCGGUGGCUCUUCCUUGCGGGCCUGGCACUGAGAGACGCGUGAAACUGCCACUGGCGAUGAGCCGGGUGGAGCACUGCUACUUGCUGCCCCCUGCACUGGCAGGAAGUGAGGGGAGCGUUAGGCUGAUCCGGAUUCUCCCCACCCCUUGCGAGUGACGGCCUGGUUUAAACAGAAACAUUCCUUUAAUCCCUGUAAAUAACCAAAUUCAAAGAGCUGCUGCUGGGUGAUGGAUGAGUUGAUCAGCUGUCGAAAUGGUCCAAUCUCAACUUCCCCGUUUCCCCCCCUACCUUCCUUUUAAACCAAAUUUUAACCCUUUCUGUCUCUGGCCCAAGCGAAACGUUGUUUGCGGGUAAAUAAUGGGUAAUUGUCCAAAUGUCUAUUGAUCCUCCUGGUCUGAUUCCACAGCCCAGUACUGCAGUGUGUUGCUGGGUCUGUUUUUACGUGCUGUAAGUGCCUGUCUCUGGGGGCGUCUGUCUGCCCGGCCGGAGAAUCCGAGAGCGAAUGUAAAAGCAGAGAUGUGGGAACUGACUGCGUUCGGGUUUUAUUUUGUGCUUAGAGAGACCACAAAUCUAUAUAAAGUUUUUAAGACAAAUCUUUUUUUCUACCAAAAAAACAAAACCAAACCCAGCUCUACCCUGAACUGAAAUCCUGUAACAAAUAACAAUUAAACCUCUCUGGAACCUC